AUGGGCAACGUUUGGGCCGCCGGAUCCCCCCCUCCCCCUCCCAGCGCCCCUCCCCCACUUCUCCCCGUGCCCCCCCCAGGUUUUGGGGGUCCCCCCCCCGAACCGGGCGGGGACCCCCUCCCCAACCCCGGAGCUUUCGAGGAAUGUCACCGGCGCUGCAAGGAAUUUUUCACCGUUUCCAUCCGGAAUUUUGGGAAUUCCGGGAUUUUCCCGCUUUUCCAGGUGAACCACACGGUUGCCCUGAGCACUUUGGGCGAGUCCAAUUAUCAUUUCGGGGCCACCUACGUGGGAACGAAGCACCUGAGCCCAACCGAGGCAUUCCCAGUGCUGGUGGGGGACAUGGACAACAGCGGGAGCCUCAACGCUCAGGUGGUUCACCAGGUGAGCUCCCGGAUCCGCUCCAAGGUGGCUUUCCAGACUCAGCAGUCCAAGUUUGUGAACUGGCAGCUGGACGGGGAAUAUCGGGGCGGAGACUUCACGGCGGCGCUGACCCUGGGCAACCCCGACAUCCUGAUGGGCUCGG